GUGGCACGGCACGAAUGUUUGGUUCAAUACGGCACACAUUGCGUGCAGGGGCGGUAUCUGGUUUCCCCCUCUCGCAGUAAUAAGCAGUGUACUUCGGUGUCUCCCUUGUUUCCACCCACAAGGGACCCUGCGGCCGCUCCGCCUCCUCUCUCCCGCUGGUAUAAAGACAGUCAGAGCCGCUCCCUCAGCUCGUACUUGGGUUAACAUGGCGGUUUAGAUCAUUCUGAAGUCUGAAUUGGGGGGAAAAGCCCAGCAACAGUCCCGGGACGAGAGUCAGUUUCACAACGGGCCAGGGGACAGGCACGUUUCUGACGGAGAAACCAUCUCACGAUUGGGCCAGCUUCUGACUUCUAGUGGCCAUAGCGGCGCAUCCUGGAGUUGACCAUCCCUGUCUGCCAAGCUGGACACUUAACUAUGGAAUGCAUUCACCUGCUGAUAACUCCAACCAUAAGAAACUGUGUUAUCACUGCCCGGAGAAGUAUUAGUUAGCAGUACAACAUCUCCAAACACUAGCAAGCACUUUUACGGAAGAAAACUACAGUUUACAGAGCUUAGCUUGGGUUGUGUGUGUGCGUGUUUGUGUGUGAGUCUGUCUGUGAUUCUUCCAAUUCACUUCUGUGCACAUACUUGAAACCUAAAAAUCCAAAAUGGUGCUGGAGAAUUACUUGUGGAUGGUGAUAGUGGGCUUCAUAAUAGCCUUUAUUCUUGCUUUCUCUGUGGGUGCAAAUGAUGUGGCCAAUUCCUUUGGUACUGCUGUUGGCUCUGGUGUCGUGACACUGCGCCAGGCUUGCAUCCUGGCUUCCAUUUUUGAAACAACUGGGUCUGUACUGCUUGGAGCAAAGGUUGGAGAAACUAUCCGGAAGGGAAUCAUCGAUGUUAACCUGUACAACGGAAGUGAGCAAGUGCUCAUGGCUGGUGAAGUCAGUGCAAUGGUUGGUUCUGCAAUCUGGCAACUCAUUGCUUCAUUUUUGAAGCUUCCAAUAUCAGGCACACAUUGCAUUGUUGGAGCCACCAUUGGUUUCUCACUCGUUUCACUUGGUGCUCAGAGUGUCCGAUGGAUCCAGCUCGUCAAGAUUGUUGCCUCCUGGUUCAUUUCCCCACUUCUAUCUGGGAUCAUGUCUGGAGUGCUCUUUAUCCUGAUUCGAUUCUUCAUCUUGAAAAAGGAAGAUCCUGUGCCGAAUGGCCUACGUGCACUCCCGCUGUUUUAUGCUGCUACUGUAGGGAUAAAUACCUUCUCAAUCUUGUACACGGGAGCACCAUUGCUGGGAUUGCACAUACUCCCCAUCUGGGCAAUGGUGCUAAUCACCCUUGGUGGAGCGCUGCUGUCUGCACUCGUGGUGUGGCUGUUGGUAUGCCCCUGGAUGAAGAGGAAAAUAGAAAGUAAACUAAAGGAGAAAGUGCUGUCCAGAAUAUCCAAUGAAAGCCUUGAUAAAAGCCAAGACGAGGAAACGCCAGUAUUUAAAGAGCUGCCUGGUGCAAAGGCAGCAGAUGAGUCUAUGCUGCCUCUCACUAGUGGAGUCACUGAGGCUUGUGGUGGUGCCUCAGAUAGCCAUGUCAUCACUGCAUCAACAGGAGUUUCAAAUGGUAGAGCUGCAUCCCUUACAAAUGGCAGCAUAAAAUCUCCUUUUUCCAAUGGUACAUUUAAUUUCGAAGGGCACACAAGAAGUGACGGUCACGUAUACCACACAGUCCACAAAGACUCUGGACUAUACAAAGAUCUUCUGCACCGAAUGCAUUUAGACAAGAUCACUGAUGAUCGGACACAACCAGAGAACUCCUACAGGCUUCUCCGCCGCAAUAACAGCUACACCUGCUACACAGCCACUAUUUGUGGCAUGCCUGUCCAGCCAGCCUUCAAGUCCUCAGAUUUUGUAGGGGUGGAAGACAGUGAGAAGCUUGUAGAUGAUGUGGCCUCCUACUCUAAGAAGCGGCUCCGUUAUGACAGCUAUUCCAGCUACUGCAAUGCAGUAGCUGAAGCAGAGAUUGAGGCAGAGGAAGGAGGGGUGGAAUUGAAGCUGGCCAGUGAGCUGAGUGACCCCCUGCCCCCGGCAGUGAAUGCUGUGGAUGAAGAUGGAGAGGAGAAGGAGAAGCCCCAAGUUCAUCUGCUCUUUCAUUUCCUCCAAAUCCUUACCGCUUGCUUUGGAUCAUUUGCACACGGUGGUAAUGAUGUUAGCAAUGCAAUUGGUCCUCUGGUUGCUCUGUGGCUGAUCUACCAAGAAGGAGCUGUGCUGCAGAAUGCCUCCACACCAGUCUGGUUGCUGCUAUAUGGUGGCAUGGGCAUCUGUGCUGGUCUCUGGGUCUGGGGUAGACGAGUCAUUCAGACCCUGGGCAAAGAUCUCACUCCCAUCACCCCAUCUAGCGGGUUCACUAUUGAGUUGGCUUCGGCGUUCACAGUUGUGGUUGCUUCCAAUGUUGGACUUCCUAUCAGUACCACACACUGCAAGGUUGGAUCUGUGGUGGCUGUGGGAUGGAUCCGAUCGCGCAAAGCUGUGGACUGGCAUUUAUUUCGUAAUAUCUUCCUGGCCUGGUUUGUGACUGUCCCAGUCUCUGGUCUCUUCAGUGCUGCUUUUAUGGCACUCUUUGUAUAUGGAAUAUUGCCAUAUGUUUAAAUUUGUAUUUUAAGAAUAUUUUUAACCAGCAGUGUGAGGUUUCCCUCCUUCAAUAUAGCAGUCCCACCCACUACCAAAAGCUGGUUUAUUCCUUUUUUCUUUCUGUUCGCUGUUUCAAGAGGAAUUAAGCAGCUAUAAAUUAAUUUUGUAUUUCCAUCUUAUCUGUUUUCUCACAGACUGUAAAUUACACUACAUAUGCUCAUUUUGAUAAUUUGGUAGCUUGUAAUGGCAAAGCCUGUUUCGUGGUGUUUGUGGAAUGAAUGGUAUUGCUUGGAAGAUUUUGUCUCCACUGAUGCUGUAAAGAUGCUGUAUAUAUUAUUCAUCACUGGAAAACUUUUCUUAGUUUGGACCUAAGAAAGAAUUUUUAAAAAAGAUACUCUACUGUGCUUUAGUAAAAUUAUCCUACUCAUCUGGAAUAAGGUACAAAACCCCAUAUCAAUAAUUUGCCUUUUUUUUUGCAAGGCACAAUUCUCCAUGCAUACCCUGCAUACUACAAACAUCAUAAUCAGAAUGAGGAGAGGUUCAUUGUGUUAGGUUUCAUGGAAACUUGAUUUCAUCUUAUAAGAUUGACAGUUGUAUUAUAUUGUAAUUUCCAAUGUAAAUACUAUCUAUAUAUAAAAAAAGAGAUUUGGGGU